UCCCGGGGCCGUCGGCGAGAUAGCGCCCGGCAGCGGGACAGGGACACACGGACGGGGACACCUGCCGGGGCGAUGAAGUCUGUGGAGUGGCUUCGAGUGCCCCAGGAACCCUGCGGACGGCUUCGCACCCGGCAGGUGAUUCCGUGUCCAGACGCCACAGCCCCGCCCCGCGAUCCCCGGCCGGAAGCGCGGCUGCCCAAGCGGUUGCCGGGGAACAGGCGAGCCGGAAGUCCCGCCUGCCGAGCCGCGGCUGUUGUUGUGACAGGGACCGUGACAGCGACAGGCCUGGCACGAGCCCCCGCCCCCCGCACACGGGCCUCGCCGCCUCUGGCUUCGCUCCCUGCCCGCCUGCACCAUGAAGUGGAUGUUCAAGGAGGACCACGCGCUGGAGCACAGAUGUGUCGAGUCCGCAAAAAUCCGAGCCAAAUACCCCGACCGUGUCCCGGUCAUAGUGGAGAAGGUCUCAGGAUCUCAGAUUGUUGAUAUUGACAAGAGGAAGUACUUAGUUCCGUCUGACAUCACUGUGGCCCAGUUCAUGUGGAUCAUCAGGAAGAGGAUUCAACUGCCAUCUGAGAAGGCAAUAUUCCUCUUUGUAGACAAGACUGUCCCACAAUCCAGCUUAACUAUGGGACAACUUUAUGAGAAGGAAAAGGAUGAGGAUGGAUUCUUGUAUGUUGCCUACAGUGGAGAGAACACAUUUGGUUUCUGAAUGGCAAAUCCUUGGAUUGUGUGGGAGAGGGUGGAAAAACCAGCUAAUUGACCUAAUUGCACAAUGCUGAAGUUCGCACUCUGAUACUAAAGGAUAACACUGCGUUGAAGAAGUAGCAUCACUCUGACCUUCCUAAGCCAGCAAGGAGACGCUAAAUACAGUUUAGAUUCCUGUUAACAAGUUUUAAUUCAUUUUCACACUGUGUGGUGCCUAAGAAUCCAGUUUUUAAAAUGCUUCCAGUUACAGUGGAAAUUUACCACUUUCCAAACUUCAAUCAAAUUCAUACUAACUCAAAUCCCCAUGAAGAUAUACAUUAUGCCGAGAAUUGUUUAGCUCUGCAGUCAUUCACAAGUGUUGGCAAAAGGACUCAAAAAUACGAACGUAGGAGCCUGUGAAAGGUUGACACCCUAUUACUGCGGCUUGACCCAGUAACUGUGAUGCAUGUGCUUACUGCAUCUGAAAAUGUGCUGUUGAUCUCAGUAAGCCUUUCAUUAGUCAGAAUAGCACUGCACUGUAAACCACUGCUUUAGGAAACAUUCUGUCAGUACUUCCAUCCUGAAUUACUUCUAACUCCCUUUUCACACAUUAAUGUUUACUCCUAACAAUUUUUGAUUCAGAAUGAA